UAUACAACCAAAGCGCCCACUCAACCAUUGCAACAAAAUCAAGUGUUUGCUCCUCCGCCGGAUCAACAAAGACUUUUACAAGAAUGUCAGCAAUUGAUUGUCCAACACCAACAAUAUGCAUUGCAAAAUCCUAGUGAUUUACAUUACCAAAAUCAACUUGGAAGUUUACAACAGCUCUCUGAAGCUAUUCAGAAAGCGCCUCUCACAAAUGAUCAAAUACAACAAGUUCGCCAAUUCUUUGCUACGCAAUUGUCCGUUCCCUCGGCAGCUCCCACUCAACCUCCUGCUCUUAAUUUUCCUUUUAACGUACCCAUUCUUAAUCCUCCCGUUCCUACACCGGUUUCUAUGCCACCAGCGUCCGUAGUACCACCACCUGUUCCACCGCAUAGUGCUCUUGUACCUGACCCCAAUGCAUUGGUAAAAAAUUUAAUGGAUUUUGGUCUGCUCGGUGGUAGUGGGAACAUAGUUGGGGGUGUGGGUGGCACCGUAACAUCCACCAAUGUAGGUGGAUUUGUUGGAGGAAGUACUCCUACACCUCCCCCGUCAGGUUCUGCAGCUAGUGAUGCUCCAACAACCAUUAUGCAUGUGAAUGAUUUAGAAAAAAUUCAAUUAACAAGUAAUGACAUCCAACGUAAGCGUGAUGGUGUCAUCGCAAUAUUAUAUGACGCCUUGCCUCUUCAGUGCAAACAAUGCGGUUUUCGAUAUGCCAGGGAUGAAGGAGGUAAGGCGAAAAUGGAUGCUCAUCUUGAUUGGCAUUUUCGCCAAAAUCGCAGAAUGAAGGAGAAAGCCAAGAAAGCACAGAGUCGAAGUUGGUUUGUUAGUGAAGAGGACUGGAUUCACUCACGUGAAGCAGAAAUAAAAAGCACACAAUCGCCAGCUUUCUUUGACUUUGAAAAUGCGAACGCUGCUAAAAGCACAGUUGGUGCUUCGCAACCAAAAAAGGACGAGGUAGUCAAGGAAUCUACUGUUAUUGUUCCGUUUGAUCCCGAAAGGGCUGGUAAGCCUUGCACUAUUUGUCAAGAAAAAUUUCAAGUUUUCUGGAAUGAUGCGGAUGAAGAAUGGUUGUUUAGAAAUGCUAUAGAAGUCGACGGUGUUAUUUAUCACGCAACUUGUCAUGCGGAUGCUCUAAAGAAUCAAGAAAAUGCACAGUCAGGUGGCGAUGCAGCAUCAAAUACUGUUCUUGGAAAACGAAAACCUGACUCG